AUGACGUCGUUUGCAUGGCUGGAACACAAAGGUUUUUGCAUAGAUCCUGGAUACUCUCCAUCAAAGGAACCAUCCAUCACGACCAAUGGUAUAGACGAGCUACCAUGGGAUAAGUACAUCGUACAAGAAAAUGUUGAUGAUAACCCCACAACCAAGAAUGGACCUAACGAGCCCACAACAAAUAAGAAAUUGACUAAACUGGAGAAGCGUGAAUUACGACAAAAUAAAAAGGUAAAUGUACAACGGAGGAAACAAAUGCAGAGACAAAUGGAAUUGGAUUCGAGCAACAUUGCUAUUGAAGCUACAUUCAAGCCCUAUUUAGCAAAGCAAGAACUCAAACAAUUGUACGACAAAAUCAUCAAAAAGACAACCACAGCCAAAUCAGGAGUCUCAGAUUUCAAAGUUGCCCAUUGUCAUUCCAUAUCGGUGUAUAAAUCCGAUUUGGAGCAUAUCCUACCCGGCGAAUGGAUCAACGAUAACAAUAUAUCCUUGAUUUACGAGCUCAUAAAAGAGACAUUUAUUGACCUGGGAUCAUGUCGACCAUUUACCAACCAAAUUCAGCUCCUAUUCCCCAGUGUAGUUCAACUCGUGCAACAUUUCCCAGCUUCCGAUAUUGAAAAUCUUUUACCCAUGGACGAUUUGAAGAAACUGAAGUUUAUAUUUUUACCCAUCAACAUGAUUGACGAGCCACUAGAAGAGUUGGAUUUGGAAACAGCAAAUAAUGGUGACCAUUGGGUAUUGGGGAUUCUUUCUCUUCUUGAUGACAAGUUAUACAUUUAUGAUUCAAUGAGGAUUGAUGAUGACAUCAAAGGUGAUCAACAAUUGCAGAACCUAUGUAAAAAACUCGAGAGUUGUUCGAACUUGGUACGAGGGAAGAUAAAAGUUGUUCAGUUGAGUUGUGAUCAGCAACGAAAUUUCGACGAUUGCGGAGUAUUUGUUGUAAUGAUUACUUGUUAUCUUGUCAAUCAAUUUUGUUUCAGGGAUGAAAUAUCGUUGGAUUUGGCGCAUGUCAAGUUUAACCCUCUAGAUGCUAGGCUAUCGUUGAUGAAAUUGAUUUCAAAUUUCGUUUCGUAG